UUGGCAAUUGUUUUAUGUAGCAACAGAAUACUAUUUAAAUUUCUAGAAUUGGAUGUCUGUAAUUCUUCAAAAUUAAACUAAACCAGUAGAAAUUUUGUAUGUUUUAGGAUCAAAGUGAUUUUGAGAAGCUAUUUUUCCUUUGAAAUAAAUAUCCGUCCAGUUAUUAGUUUUUUAAAACGGCAAAGUAUUCAUAUCGAAAAUAGAUUUUGUAUGGAGGGCUAGUCAUGAAAACCUACCCAGGUCCUGCUAGAAUUAAAUAUUGAACACAAAAAAUGAGUUACUUACAAGACAACUCAGAUAUUACUAAUUUAAGUGUUAAAGACCCAGACUUAAGUAUACUGUUGGAAGAAAACAAAAAGCUUGCUGCAGAAUUAGCUCAAUGCCAGACGGACAAAGAAUUUGUUUGGUCCUUGUGGAAAAAACUUCAGGUCACCAACCCUGAUGUCACAGAGGCAAUCUCUCUUGUAACUCAGAGAGAAAAAGAAAAGUCUGAGAUAAAGGAUCGCAAAGUUUUGGAGAUCAUCCAGGUAAAGGACGACCGCAUUGAGGAGCUGCAGAACAUUGUCACCAAGCAGGCCGAGGAGAUCAGCGAUGUUUUGUCCAAGAAAGUGGAACUGACAGAGAAGAUCACCAGACUGCAGCUAGAGAAUGAUCAUCUGAAUGACAAGAUCAACAUGCUAGAGAUACAGGUCAGUUUGUCUUAAAAUAGUUCUACAAUAGAUAGA